UACUAAAUCAUAGGAUGUAAUGUCAAGGGAAUAAAAGACAUGCAUAUAGUCAAAUAGCAUAUUUGAGGGCUCAUCAGGGAAAUAGUGUUAGAAUUCAUAGGCCAGAAACUAUACAGUAAAAUCCUUGAAAAUCAGAACCUAUGUAAAGCAGAACCCGUCAGAGAAGGAAAACUCACAGGGUGUUUAGGAGGUAGGAGUUCUUAAUAGAGAGCAAUAGAAAAAUGGUAAGACUGUAUCCUGCCCAAGGCAGAAAACUUGCCAGACCUGGAAAACAAGGCAGGCCAGUUGAAUACCACCUCUCGCAGGUUUCAUUGUAUUAUGGACUAGAUUGAUUGCAAAAAUAUUCAUGGGCAUUGAUCAACCUAAUAGUUAAUUGAGGUUUUCAGCUAGCUCUAACUACUAUAGAUGCAUUUUGUCCUCACAGUAAUCUAUAAAGUACCUGUGUGCUUUACUCACAUUCUUAUGUACUUAGCCGUUGCACAUCAUUCCACACGAUGUGCAUUGUUGUAAGUAAAAUGGUAUAUCUUAGGUUUGUAAAAUGGCUUAUACUAGCUUAAAGUUCAUGGACCUUUUUUCCAAUCCCAGUGUUUAUUUCGGGAUGUGACCCCAUUUCAUUCCAUUGGUUUACUAAGUAAAUACAAAAGUCUUCGGUAAAAUACAUUAAAUAAAGUACUAAGAUGGAGUGGUUUAGGAUAUAAUGUGAACAGCAGACAGAAAGAAGAAAAUACUCCAGGUUUCAAAAAGUUGAAAAAAAUCAAUAAUGUAUUAAUUAAAAAUUAUAAACCUUUCCGUUAGACACUACUCUGUUUUCAAGGUUAUAGAACAAGAAUCUUAAAAGAAGAUAUAAUCAGAUUGCAGUACAUGGCAUAUAAUUAACUGAAUAAAUGUUAACAAGCUUCGGAAAAUUCAUUAUUUUUUCCAUAUCACAGCUAAGAAUCUGGAAAUAGCUUGGUAGUAGAGUUGAAAUCCAGAACUCGUGAAAACCUGGAAAAUUUAUGUGAAAUCUUUGAGUCUCAAUUUUUUAGCCUCUAAUGAAAAGUGGAGAUAUAAACACCUUAUUUUAAAAUAAAACAAUAAGAAUAUGAUAAAGAAAUAAUUCACGCUGGCACUAAUAUAACUCAAUGGUACUAAUAUAAUCCUGGCUUUGCAAUCAACACCCAUGGAAGCAGCAGUCAAGAAAUCAAAUGAUGUUUUGCAUUGGGAAAAUCUGCUGCAAAAGAUGCCUUUCAAGUGUUAAAAAGCAAAGAUGUCAUUUUAAGGACUAAGGUGCACCUGACCCAAGUGAUGGUGCUUUUAAUCACGUUGUAUGCAUGUGAAAGCGCGACUAUGAAUAGAGAAGACUGAAGAAGAAUUGACACCUUUGAAUUAUGGUGCUGAGGAAGAAUAUUGGAUAUACCAUUGGCUGACAAAAGAAGGAAAAAUCUGACUUGGAAGAAGUACAGCCUAAAUGUUCCUUAGAAGCAAGGAUGACGAGACAUCAUCUUACAUACUUUGGACAUGUUAUCAGAAGGGACCAGUCCCGGGAGAAGGACAUCAUGCUCGGUAAAACAGAGGGUCAGUGAAAGAGAGGAAAACCCUCAAUGAGAUGGACUGACACAGUGGCUGGGACAAUGAUCUCAAGUAUAACUACAGUUAUGAGGAUUUGUUUAGGACAGGGCAGUGUUUCUUUCUGUUGUACAUAGGAUUCCUAUGGGUCAGAACUGACUUGGCAGCACCUAACAACAACAAUGCAAUCCUUAAGGAGCCAUGGUGGCACAACAAUUAAGUCCUUCAUUGCUAACUGAAAGUUUGGCAGUUUAAAUUCACUCAGCAGCUCUACUGGAGAAAGGACUUGACCAUUUGUUCCAUAAACAUUACAGCCAGGAAAAACUUAUGGGGCAUUUACACUCUGUCACAUGGGAUUACUAUGAGACACCUAACAGCAACAAUACAAUCUCUAGGAUAAUCCUGAGAAGACCUCUCUGAAGAAGUGACAUUUGAGCUGAGUCCUAAAUAGAAGAAGUAACUCUGUAAAGAACAUUCUGGGCAGAUGAAAGAGCGGAAGAAGACCCUUAAGGUUUACAUUCUUAGAAACCUAAAGAACUGAUUGCCCAGGGUGGGGAAGUGGGGGUGUUGUAGUCAAUGAGAUUGGAAAUAAAGGCAGAGGCCAAGUUAUAUCUCAGUUUUCAAUUCCUGGAAAUAAAUUUGGAUUUUUCCAAGUACAAUGGGAAUCCAUGAAAGUGCUUUUAGCAUGGUAGUAAAAUGAGGGAAUUUACACCUUUUCAAUCUCCACACUGGUUUUCCUGUACACAUGGUAUUGUAGUGGAACAAGGCUAUUAUUUUCAUUCCAAAAAUAAGAGGAUAGUUUGAACUAAGGAGUUAGGCAUAAAAAAAUAGAGGUGAGGAAAAUCAGCAUUUUUUGAAAGUUUAAGUGUUGUGAGUGAUGUGCAUACAGCUGCUAGUAUGUCUGCUCCUGAGAGUGUGAAAAUUGGUUCCAGAAUUCAGCAAAUAAACCCCUUCCCUCUCAGCCAAUCUGGUCUCUCCCCUCCACGGAGCAGGAUUGCCAGCAACCAGAAAUCAUGAUUAGGGCAAUGCUCUAGGGCUUGAUCAGAAAAAGAAAUAACUGGAGGGAAUGCAGCGGAAGAGGGUUAGACAUGGUUGUAGGGACUUAUGGAGAUAGCGAGGCCUCAGUUGUAACCCUAAUAAGAGAAACAUGAAUACCAGAGAACAAAAGAUAAAAUGUGUUGGAUUAAAUGAAUUAUGCGUCUUAAGGUUAUAUAUUAAUAAAUAUUAAAUACAAUUGGAGCCCUGGUGGGGUAGUUUGAAACCACCAGCUACCUGUUCCUUGGAAACUCUAUGGUUUAUUGGUAUAUAGGAGGUAGUGAUAGAGAAAGUUGUGAAAUACAAUACCUGGGCUCAAUCAUUUACAUAUUCAUUAAAAGAGAUGAAACAGGCACAUAAAAAUGGAAAACAAACAUGGAACCUUAUUCCCUGAGUUACAAACAAAAAAAAUGCAGAGUCCUGUUUGAGUAUAUGGUGUGCAGGGUUGGAUUUUAUGUGUAAAUGAAGAUCAAAAACAAACAGAAAGCAUUUAAGAUAUAUGUGAAAUUUAAAGACAGACCAAUUUUGGAAAGAGGGAAAACUUUGAAAGAAGGGAAUUGGUUUGAGGAAAUUCUCAGUUAAAAGAAGGGUAGAUCAGAUUAUGAUUCCAUAUUUAACUGAAUUAAAGAUCUCAGUUGCAUUCUCCCCUCUUGUAUGGAAAGAUUAAUAAAAAUGUAUGGCUAUGGAUCUUAUUGGAAUGAUUAGAAUGCAAAUCUAGAAUUAUAAAUCAAUUGCAUGCACAUUUUAUCGAUUGAAUUGAUUUUCUCUGCAGGUGACUUAAUUGCUCCUGGUUUCACAUCAGAUCACCCAGGAUCACAGAAUACAAGUGUCAGAAAGAAACUGAGAAAUUAUAAAGGCCAAUGCCCAUGUCACAAUUCAAUUAUCAAAAGGGAAAAUGUAGCCAAGAAGAACAAAUCCACAGAGAGAAAACAAAUUAAAAGUAACAGAAACCAAUAUCAGUACAAUGACGGAAUUUGUUCUUUUAGGAUUUUCUGAUAUUCCCAAAUCCCAUUGGUUUCUUUUUGGAGCAUUAUUAGUUGUUUAUAUGAUUAUUCUGAUGGGCAGUGGCAUCAUAAUUAUAAUAACAAGCGUAGACCCCACACUUCAGACUCCCAUGUAUUUUUUUCUCGGUAACUUUUCCUUCCUAGAAAUCUGUUAUGUGUCUGUCACUCUUCCUAGAAUGCUCAUGGAUCUUUGGACCCAGAAAGGAAACAUUUCUUUUUUUGCUUGUGCUACGCAAAUGUGCUUUGGCCUUAUGCUUGGAGCCACAGAAUGCCUUUUCCUGGCGGUGAUGGCCUAUGACCAUUACGUGGCCAUCUGUCACCCUCUGCAUUAUCCUAUAGUCAUGAACCACAAAACUUGCAUCCAGCUAGUGGCUGGCUCCUGGAUCAGUGACAUUCCCAUUGAGAUAGGGCAAACAGGACAGAUUUUCUCUCUGUCUUUUUGUGGUUCUAACCAAAUCAAUCACAUCUUCUGUGACAUUCCCCCAAUCCUCAAGCUGGCCUGUGGUGACAUCUUUGUCAAUGAGAUGGUGGGCUAUAUAUUUGCUGUAGUAUUCGUCACGGUUUCUUUUGUGUUGAUACUUGGGUCCUAUACCAGAAUUAUAUCAACCAUCCUCAAGUUGCCAUUAAACACAGGACGGACCAAAGCCUUUUCUACCUGUUCUUCCCACCUCAUAGUUGUAGUUUUAUUCUAUGGAUCAGCUACUAUUACCUAUUUAAAACCUAAAUCCAACCAAUAUGAAGAAACAGACAAACUUCUCUCUCUUUUCUACACCAUUUUGACCCCAUUGUUCAACCCUAUGAUAUACAGUCUGAGGAACAAAGAUGUUACAAAAACAUUGAGAAAAUUUCUUCUCAAAUCAUUAGCGUUAUGA